AGACGUACCAAAUUGGUCAAAGGACCGGAGAAUGCCAAUUAGUUUUUUACCAUCUCGUAGAACCACUAUCACUUUCCCUAUAGAAAUAAAAGUUAGAAAUAGAAAAUAAAAGAAAAGCAUACGGUCAACAUAAUCCACCAGGGAGCCAGAUGUUGUAAACGGAAUAAUUUGACCUGCCUGAUUCAUUCAAAUGGUUGAUAUGCGAGAAAGCCGAAAAUAAAAUAAAAUAAUUAGUGUAUUCUUUUACUUGAACAGUGAAGGUAUUCAAGUCGCUAAAUUUUCGUUACUUCUUCCUUAGGUAAAAGACUAUUGAAGGUGGUAAAGUAAAGAAGAAGUUUCUGGGAUACAACUUGGAAAGCGAAAUGGGCGCUAUGUAUGAAUUCACUAACAGGAAUCGUUCUUAAACUUGUGUAUUAUAAAAAUAUUGAUGAAUUCAUAGACUGCUUUCCUUUUUAAGAAGCAUUCAUUUGACAAACAGAAGAACAACUGAUUCCUCACGUAUAGUUAUAAAUUCUUUCGUUGCUCUUUAUUAUAUGAAAGCUUAAAAAACGUUCAUGACCUUACGAAUUGCAGAUGAGUCAAGCGCUCUCAUUCCUUUCAUUGCUUACGAAUAUGGGUACUUGUCAAUAGGCUUUUAAGACCAUCAAGUAAAUACUCCUUGACCAAAUUAAUCUAAGCCAGUUGACUAUACGCCUAAACUGUGUGUCUCAUCCUUCAUUUUUACCAGUUUUUUUUGAAAUGGUGAGGACACAUACUAACAAUACUUUAUUAAGAUAUCUGCUUCGCAGUAAGUCAUCUAUAGUCCUCUUAAAUUUCUUAAUUUGAAUUCAGCUGCCUUUGACUAGUUACCUCUCCAUUCAUGUUCUUCAAAAUAGUAUUUUCUAUCCCAUUGAAGUAAUUAAGAAGAAAACAUGAAAUACUUCAAGAGAAAUAAAAAAUAAUAAACAAGGAAACGCAGCAUUAUAUUCUCAUAGAAACCGUUGGACGCUCUUUAACUUGUGAACAACACAGACACGCGCAAGUUGUCUUUCACGUCCCUAAACUACCGGCGAAAAACGAUUACAUUACUUACAAAAUGAAUCCAACAAAUGUUGGAGAACACACAGAAUUAGAUGAUCUGGCUCUUCCUCGCUCUAUAGUUAUGCGUUUAAUUAAGCAGGUUUUACCUCAGAAAAGUACAGCACAAAAGGAAGCUGUGAAGGCCAUUACGAAUUCAGCGACUCUGUUCGCCAGUUAUUUAACAUCUGCAGCCGGUGAAAUUUCUUCUACAAGAAAUCGCAAAAUUGUUAUGCCCCAGGAUGUUUUAAGCGCUCUACAAGAGAUAGAAUAUCCUGAGUUCACCAGUCAGUUGGAAGCUCAUCUACGAGCUUACGAAGCUGCAUUGAAAGAUAAAAAGCUGAAAAUUCCACAAGUGGACGAAGAUAAAUCUACGAAGAAAAGCAGGAUGGAACCACAGGAGAAGCUUGAGCAGGAGACGUCUUACGGAAUGGAAGAAAAAGAUGAAUUAGAACAAGAGGAUGUUGCUGAGGAAUUGGCACAAGAAGAUAUUCUCUCUGAAAGAGAAGAUGUGGAUAUAGAACCAACAGAAAAUCCUGUUGAAGCCGGUUAUAUAGAUACUAUACACUUAACCGAUGCAACGGGAAAUCCUAUCGAUGAAGGCAGUUCGGAUUCCGAUGUACAUGAAUCGGAAGCAGAGUUGCAUGAGUCUCCUAAUAAUUCCUCAUAGAAGGAUUUUUUUUUUGUUCCUUGAUGAUUUUUCUUUUCUCGUUACUCUCUUUCAUCAACGUUUGUACCCGGUCAUCACUUCAUUAGCAAGUGUCAUGUAGAGGAGCCUUGAAACAUAUACGUCGUUUUUUGAAUUAACUUCUUAUACAUGGAGUAUAUCUAUUCAAGUGUCUUUAUAAAGUUUUGAAAUUUAACCAUACCUUCGUUUAUUUGCAGUCUUAGCACCCGGUUCUUUCACAGCCAUUCAUUAACUUAUUGCAUAUCUUUUUUAUAGGUUUCAUUUUUUAUUUAUAACAUUUGAUUAGG